AUUAGAACUCACAACCAAUACUCCCAAAAAUGGGUAACUUUGGGUCUUGCUUUACCUCAAAAGAAACCGAAGUCUUUCCAAUUGAAACGAGGUUCAAGUUUCCUUCUCCAUUGCCUUCUUGGCCACAAGGUGAAAGAUUUGCAAGUGGUACAAUUGAUCUUGGAGGAUUAGAAGUUUGUCAAGUAACAUCUUUCAAGAGAAUAUGGUCGACUUCUCAGAUUGGAUCUAAUGACACUGAUAUCACAGUCUUUGAGCCAUCGCCAAUUCCAGAUGGGUUCUUCUUGCUUGGUUGCUACUGUCAAUCCAAUGACACCCCACUUUUUGGCUGGAUUCUCGCCGGAAAAGAUGUCUCCGGCGGAACCCUCGUUAAUCCGGUCGACUAUACUCUCGUUUGGAGCAGUAAAGAUUCAUGUUACAUUUGGCUACCAACGCCACCGGAGGGUUACAAGUCAGUUGGGUAUGCUAUUACUACCUCACCGGAAAAACCCUCCUUAGAUAAAAUCCGUUGUGUUCGCGCUGAUCUAACUGAAGAACCUGAAACCGAUGCAUUGUUAUGGGGUUCCGAUGAUGUCAGUGUGUAUGGAUUAAGGCCAAAGGUUAGAGGGAGACAAGCGCAAGGAGUAUCGCACAAAUUAAUGCCCUUAUUCAAGAAUACUCUCCAAGAUUCUACUUUCACCCUAAAGAAACCUACUUGCCUGCUUCAACAACAUGGUAUUUCACCAACGGGGUUCAAUUGUACCACACCGGAGAGGAAUCAAACCCCAAUUCCGGUCGAAUCCACCGGCUCUAAUCUUCCGCAAGGUGGUUCAAACGAUGGCACAUACUGGCUCGACCUCCCUGAUGAUGAAACCGAUAGAGAAAGAGUCAAGAAAGGUGAUUUGCAAAACGGUGAGGCUUAUAUUCAUGUCAAACCAAUGCUCGGAGCCACGUUUACUGAUCUAGCGAUUUGGCUUUUCUACCCUUUUAAUGGUCCUUCCACUGCAAAGUUUGGUUUGGUUGAUAUUCCUCUAGGAAGGAUUGGUGAGCAUAUAGGAGAUUGGGAGCAUGUGACGCUUCGGAUUAGCAACUUCGAUGGAGUUUUGUAUCGUGUUUAUUUUGCUCAACAUAGUGGAGGAACAUGGGUCGAUACCCCCAUCACUUGA